AUGGCAACAAGCAAGACUAAUAAUAAUAACGAUGACGAGAAUGAUGGCUUAGUCAUCAUCUUCAUCUUCAUCAUCCUCUUGUGCUGUAUUAGUAUUAAAGGCGGGCAGUGUCUGUCUCCAGACGGCGAGGCCCUUCUCUCUCUCACAUCUUCAUCUUCUUCCUCAUCUCUCUCCUCCUCGUGGGACCCCUCGGCCCCCACCCCCUGCGCGUGGCCUGGAAUUACCUGCUCACCCGCCCAAAUGGUAAUUUCCAUUUCCAUCCCCAACACUUUCCUAAAUCUCUCUUCCAUCCCAUCCCAACUCUCUUCUCUCUCAUCCUUACAGUUUCUCAACCUCUCCUCCACCAACCUCUCCGGCCCCAUCCCCACCUUCCUCUUCUCUUCCUUCCCCCAUCUCCAUCUCCUUGACCUCUCCUUCAACCAUCUCUCCGGCGAAAUUCCUCCCGACAUUGGAAACCUCUCCUCCGCCCUUCACUUCCUUUUCCUCAACUCCAACGCCCUCACCGGCCCCAUCCCUCCCCAGAUUUCCAACCUCACUUCGCUUCAGGUCCUCUGCCUUCAGGACAAUCUUCUCAACGGCACCCUUCCCCACCAACUCGGCUACUUAAUAUCCCUCCGCCACCUCCGAAUCGGCGGCAACCCUUACCUCGCCGGCGAAAUCCCAGCCGAAUUAGGGUUUUUGACCAAUUUGGCCACCUUCGGAGCUGCGGCCACUGGAUUCUCAGGGCCAAUUCCGUCCACCUUUGGGAAUCUGCUCAGUCUCCAGACGCUGGCCCUUUACGACACCCAUCUUUCCGGGCCUAUACCUCCCGAGCUCGGCUCCUGCUCGCAGCUCACCAAUUUGUACCUGCACAUGAACAAGCUCACCGGCCCAAUUCCGGCCAAUUUCUGCAACCUUCACAAGCUUACCACCUUACUGCUCUGGGGGAACUCCCUCUCCGGCCCAAUCCCGCCACACAUCUCAAACUGCUCCUCUCUCGUGGUCCUUGAUUUGUCGGCCAACCAACUAUCCGGUGACAUUCCUGCGGAUUUGGGGAAGCUGCCCUUUCUGGAGCAGCUUCAUUUGUCGGAUAACAGGCUAGCGGGCCCGAUUCCAUGGCAGCUGAGCAACUGCACCAGCCUGACGGGCCUCCAGCUCGACAAGAACCAGUUGUUGGGUCCGAUCCCCUCGGAAAUCGGGAGAUUGAAAAAUCUGCAGAGUUUUUUCCUGUGGGAAAAUUUAGUCUCUGGAGUUAUACAUCCGGCGUUGGGGAACUGUACCCAGCUUUACGCUCUCGACCUCUCCAGGAACAAACUCACGGGCCCCAUUCCGGAGGAGAUAUUUGGUCUGAACAAGCUUAGCAAGCUUUUGCUGCUCGGGAAUUCGUUGACCGGUGGGUUGCCACCAAGUGUUGCCAGAUGCCAGUCUCUUGUGCGGUUGAGGCUCGGGGAGAAUCGGCUUUCAGGUCAAAUUCCUAACGAAAUCGGGCAGCUGCAGAAUCUCGUGUUUCUUGAUCUGUACAUGAAUCGGUUCUCGGGAGGCUUGCCUCCCGAGAUAGCCAACAUCUCUGUUUUGGAGCUUUUGGACGUGCAUAAUAACUAUCUUACAGGUGGAAUACCGUCCGAGUUGGGUGGGCUUGUUAAUUUAGAGCAGAUUGACUUGAGUCGAAAUAGUUUCAGCGGUGAGAUUCCUGAGAGUUUCGGUAAUCUUAGCUACUUGAACAAACUUAUUCUGAAUAAUAAUCUUCUCUCUGGGGAAAUACCAAAGUUGAUAAAGAACUUGCAGAAAAUAACUCUUCUUGAUUUGAGCUUCAAUCGUCUUUCCGGUCCAAUCCCGCCCGAAAUUGGGUACUUGACUAGUUUAACGAUUAGUUUAGAUUUGAGCUCCAAUAGAUUCACUGGUGAAAUACCCGAGACCAUGUCUGGUCUGACACAGUUGCAAUCGCUUGACCUCUCGAGCAAUAUGCUCGAUGGGAAGAUCGUGGUUUUGAGUUCUCUUACGAGCCUCACGUAUCUUAACAUUUCCUGUAAUAACUUUUCAGGUCCGAAACCCGUGACCCCAUUCUUCAAAACCCUGACGAAAAAUUCUUUUCUUAAAAACCCUCACCUUUGCGAGUCUGUUGAUGGCUUAACUUGCUCGUCCGAACUACCUAGAAAACACAUGUUAAAGUCGGGCAAAACCGUGGCCUUAGUGGUUGCCAUCUCGAUUUGCAUGGCCAUGAUAAUUAUCGGCAUAUGGUUCCUAGUGAUGAAGAAUCAUAAAUAUGUGAUUGAUAAGUCGGGCAUGUUGACCUCAUGCUCUAGGGACCAAGAGGACUUCUCUUACCCAUGGACUUUUAUCCCUUUCCAAAAGCUCAACUUCACGAUCGAGAACAUCCUAAGCUGUUUGAGGGAUGAAAACGAAAUUGGGAAAGGAUGCUCGGGCGUUGUUUAUAGGGCGGAAAUGCCUAAUGGUGAGGUAAUUGCGGUUAAAAAGCUAUGGAGGACAAAAAAAGACGAGGAGGAGCCCCUCAUAGACUCUUUUGCGGCCGAGAUUCAAAUACUCGGGCAUAUCAGGCACAGGAAUAUAGUGACGCUACUAGGCUAUUGCUCGAACAAGAGCGUGAAACUUCUUUUGUACAAUUACAUCUCCAAUGGCAACCUUCAGCAGCUUCUGCAGAAUAAUCGGAACUUGGACUGGGAGACAAGGUACAAGAUUGCAGUGGGGUCUGCCCAGGGUCUUGCUUACCUGCACCACGAUUGCUUGCCGACUAUACUCCAUAGGGAUGUGAAGUGCAACAACAUACUGUUGGAUUCAAAGUAUGAGGCUUACCUAGCAGAUUUCGGGCUCGCCAAGCUUAUGAACUCGCCUAAUUAUCAGCAGGCCAUGUCCCGAGUCGCGGGCUCUUAUGGAUACAUAGCGCCAGGCAAGUGCUUUUUCUCGGACGUUUCUGCUUCAUUUUUAAAGCUUAGUGAUGUCUACAGUUAUGGGGUGGUGUUGCUGGAGAUCCUGAGCGGAAGAAGUGCGGUAGAGCCACAAAUAGAAGAUGGGCUCCACAUUGUAGAGUGGGUGAAGAAGAAAAUGGGUAGCUUUGAGCCAGCUGUCACGAUACUCGAUUCCAAGCUCCAAGGAUUGCCGGACCAGACAGUGCAAGAAAUGCUCCAAACGCUGGGUAUUGCAAUGUUCUGUGUGAACCCGUCCCCGGCCGAGAGGCCCACUAUGAAGGAAGUUGUGGCGCUCUUAGUGGAGGUGAAGAGCCCACAGGAGGAUCUUCAAUCCGGGAAAACGUGUCAACCAUUAAUCAAACAGGAGUUGGCGGAUAAUAGUUGGAAGCCAUGGGAGAGGUUUCUAAUUCUUGAAUUGGACAUUGCCAUUUGGGAAUUUCAUUGUACAGGUUUUUGA